AUGCACAAUAAGAACGAGGCCUACCAGUUAAGCCCAGCCCACAGAACUGGAGAGCGACGUACACGAAAGCUGGCAUUUUAUCCUCAAAAAACCAGUGUUAAAGCUCAGACUCUCAUCCACUCACUCACUAACCCACCUCAAUUCAUGUCUCUCUUUAUAGCCAAUGGCAAUGGUGGUGGAGGCAGAAUCAUCUACACCAACCCUACAAGACACCACCUUCACACCCACACCCCAUACCGUCCUCAUAUCCUAUUUCCACUCAGAAGAUCACCUCAAGAUCAUCUCCAUAUAGUCUCAGCUUCCAACAAGAAACUCUCCUCUUCCUCUAGAAUUGGCAAGUUUGACAGCAAGAACAAGAGGAGCUCAACUACGACCAAAGAGCAAGAAGAGGUUAAAAGGGAUGGUGGUGGUGGCGUUGAAAAUGUUAGCGGUGAAGUUGAAAAUGUUAGUACAAGUGUUGGUGAGAAUUAUGAUGGUUAUUUCUUGCCAGAGCUUCCUGGGAAUGAGCCUGAUUUCUGGGAAGGUCCACAGUGGGAUGGUCUUGGCUUCUUUGUGCAGUAUAUGUGGGCUUUUGGUAUUCUUUUUGCGCUAGUUGCAUGUGGGAUUGCUGUGCUUACAUACAAUGGAGGGGCAACAGAUUUUAAGGAGACACCUGCAUACAAAGAAUCAAUCCAGUCUCGGGAUCUUUUAGAAGAACCUGAAGCAUCUAAUUCUGAUGUCUUCGACUCCAAUCCAACUGAGGUGGCUCCUAGUUUGGAAUAG